AUGUAUGAUGAAGUAAGAAAUUAUGAAUUAUUCUUGUUAAGGGUGAAACAUGUUGAGAUUCAUGGGGUCAGCUGCAGGCCAGGCUGUGCAUUGCGGUUACAAGAAUUGGACGACUUUGGGGAGAGUGAAUAUCCAUCCUAUGCGAUAGUGGAGGAAAUCCUAAUCUGGGAAGAUGGCAAGUUCUUUGUUGUGAAAGUGUUAGAAACUAUAGCUUUCCACCAUCAUCUUAUGCCAUAUGAAGUUAUUACCACAAACAAAUGUGUAGUUGUUGUACUUGGCAACUUACCCUGGCAUGGGGUUUUGAACAUUGUGAGAAAGAGUGGACAGUUGUUCAUUGUUGAGAAUUCGAAAGAUACUGCCAAUAUUGAAGGCAUCUAA